AUGAAUUCCUACCGAAUCUUAAGACGCGUUGUCAAUACAGACAAGCUUUCAAGGUUCGCCAAUAACAAAGCUUUCACAGCAGCAUGCAAGCGUUAUUCGAUAGCUGCUCCUUCGGUGGACACACUCCCACUGGCCGGUAUUCGAGUUUUGGAUAUGACUAGGGUUCUCGCCGGACCUUAUUGUACUCAAAUACUCGGAGAUUUAGGCGCGGAAGUUGUUAAGAUAGAACACCCCACACGAGGAGAUGAUACACGGGCAUGGGGUCCUCCGUAUGCCAUAUACAAAGAUGGUACAAAGGAGGGCCCAGGAGAAAGUGCCUAUUACUUAGGUGUUAACCGAAACAAGAAGUCUGUUGGAUUGUCAUUUGCGCAUGAGUCUGGCAUUGAGAUCCUCCAUAAGCUUGCGAAGGAGAGCGAUGUGUUUGUGGAGAACUAUAUCCCUGGGUCACUGAAGAAAUAUAAGAUGGAUUACGAGUCACUUCGGGCAAUAAAUCCAAGAUUGAUCUAUGCUAGUGUCACUGGCUAUGGGCAAACAGGACCGUACAGCAAGCGAGCUGGUUAUGAUGUGAUGGUGGAGGCUGAGAUGGGAUUGAUGCAUAUCACCGGAUCGAGGGAUGGACCUCCAGUUAAGGUUGGAGUCGCUGUAACCGAUUUAACUACUGGUCUAUACACAUCAAACGCCAUCAUGGCCGCACUUAUAGCUCGUGGCAGAACUGGUAAAGGUCAAUACAUCGAUGCUUGCUUGAGCGACUGCCAAAUAGCGACGCUUGCAAACCUUGCGAGCUCUGCACUUAUUAGUGGGGAGAAGGAUUCUGGAAGAUGGGGAACAGCUCAUCCUUCGAUCGUCCCGUACCGAAGUUUCAAAACAAAGGAUGGUGAUAUUCUCCUUGGUGGAGGAAAUGACAGGCUUUUCGGGGUUCUCUGUGACAGGCUAGGCCACCCAGAAUGGAAGACUGACGCACGUUUUACCACAAAUGCUCUUCGUGUAAAGAAUCGGGAGAUCAUUGACAAACUCAUUGAGGAUCUUACCGAGCAGAGGACGACUCAAGAAUGGUUAGAGGUCAUGGAAGGCAGCGGUAUGCCAUAUGCGGCUGUAAAUGACAUCCAAGGCGCUCUGAACCAUUCACAUGUGCUUGCUCGAGGGAUGGUACAAGAGGUUGACCACCCGGAUUGCGGACCUAUCAAACUUGUAAAUACUCCCGUCAAAUAUUCUCAUGCCACACCAGGCAUACGAACACCACCUCCAACACUUGGACAACACACUGAUGAGGUAUUGAAGAAUGUCAUGGGCUAUGACAAAGAAAAAAUAGCUCAAUUGAAGGCAGACGGAAUUGUUUCAUAG